AUGGCGGCUUUCAACCUUACACCUUCUGAUCAUUCAACAUUCAUCCUAACAGGCAUCCCUGGCCUGGAAGCUGCUCAUGUCUGGAUUUCCAUCCCUUUCUCUAUGUGCUACAUUGUUUGCCUGUUGGGAAAUUUCAUAGUUCUGUUUGUUGUGGGGAAAGAACAGACCCUGCAUAAACCCAUGUACCAGCUGCUCUGCAUGCUGGCGCUCACAGACAUUGGUUCGUCUACCUCUGUAGUGCCAAAGGCACUGUGGAUAUUUUGGUUCAAUAUGAAAGCCAUUACCAUGGUUGGAUGCCUCACCCAGAUGUUCUUCCUCCAUGCAAUUUCUACAAUGCAUUCAGCUGUCCUCGUGGCAAUGGCCUUUGAUCGCUACAUUGCCAUAUGUGACCCUCUGAGAUAUGCCACCAUCCUCACCAAUGCGCGGAUAGUUAUGCUGGGGUUAAUAGGUUUGAUAAGAGCUGUUCUGUUUGUUCUACCCCUGCCCUUAGUCCUGGGCAGGAUGCCGUUCUGUGCCAAGCGCACUAUCCCCCACACAUACUGUGACCACAUGGCUGUGGUGAAGAUGUCUUGUGGGGACAUCACAUUCAACAGGUUGUAUGGCUUGGUGUUGGCAUUUGUAGUCACUGGUUUAGAUCUAAUGGUCGUCACCCUGUCCUACAGUCUAAUAAUUAGGGCCGUCCUCAGAAUCCCCUCCAAAAAAGCCCUCCAGAAAGCCUUCAACACCUGUACGGCCCACAUCACUGUUAUUCUGACAUCUUGUAUUUUUUCCCUCUUCUCCUCUCUGACCCACCGGUUUGGUCAGAGCAUCGCUCCUCACGUUCAUGUCAUCUUGGCCAGCCUCUAUUUUCUUAUCCCACCCAUGCUCAACCCCAUCAUUUAUGGGGUCAAAACCAAAGAGCUCCGUGAGAAAGUGGGGAAAUACACCUGCAGAGUGUGA